AUGUCUGGUGCAGAAGGCGAAGUCAACAACGUCGAUAAGAUUCCUGCUGAGCAAAAGGGUGCUUUCCACUCGUUUCUCAAGUCGCUCGCAUCCUUUUCUGGUGACCUGUCAUCCUUGACAUGCCCUGCCUUUUUGCUUGCUCCUGUUUCCUUGAUUGAAUACUCGCAGCAUUGGGUUCAGCAUCCAAACCUGUUCACCGCGAUUACGGAAUCCGACGAUGAGUUGCAACGUAUGCUAGCCUUGGUGAAAUGGUACAUCUCGUCCUUGAACGCAUCCUAUUCCAGCCGUGUACCCAAAGGAGAAUGGGAAAAGAAGCCAUACAACCCUAUCUUGGGAGAGCAAUACUUUAUGUCUUGGGGUGAAGUCGACGGCAGUGGUGAAACGCAUGUUACUUGUGAGCAAGUGUCGCAUCAUCCACCAAUCACUGGUUUCUACAUGAAGAACGACAAGGCCAACAUGUCUUUCAAUGGUCACACUGGACAAAAGACUCGCUUCUCCAGCACGGCAUUGAUCUGUGAUCAAGUGGGUCAAAGCUUGGUUACUCUUCAUGAUCGCAACGAUGAGACGUACAUGGUCACUAGCCCAUCGCUUACCGUCAACGGUAUUUGGUAUGCAGCACCAUACAUUGAAUUGACUGGCAACUCAUACAUUCAAUCGACUACUGGAUAUUACGCUACCAUUGAAUACUCUUCUCGUGGUUGGAUCUCGGGUGAAAAGAACCAUUUCAAGUGCUACAUCCGGAAAAACAUGGGCAACCCCAAGGAAUACGUUUACAAGAUCGAAGGUCAAUGGAGCGCCAAGUCCACCAUCACCCCUUAUGGCACCAAGUCAUCAGCUCACUUUUUGGAUGUGAAUGAUGUUGUCCCAGGUUCAAUCAACGUCAAACCACUUGAGGAACAAGGUGAUUUGGAAACACGACGUGUGUGGCAAAAGGUGUCGGAAGCUAUCCGUGCAGGUGAUACCCAAACAGCUGGUGCCGAGAAGAGCAAGAUUGAAAACAAGCAACGUGCUGAACGUAAGGAACGUGAUGAACAAAGUACACAAUGGGAGCCAAAGUUUUUCCACUGGGAAGAGAACCAUCCUACCGUUUUCUCUUUGCAACGUAUGCUCGCUUCGGCUGUCAAGAACAAGUACGAUCCUCCUACUUCUGGCAAUUGGGUUUACAAGCAGUAG